AUGAGCGAUGGUUCGUACAGGAUGAUACAGGUACGAUUACCCUACCCCUCCGCUGGGACUCUGGGAUUACCAUACCCCCCCGCCGGGACUCUGGGAUUACCCUACCCCUCCGCCGGAACUGUGGGAUUACCCUACCCCUCCGCCGGAACUGUGGGAUUACCCUACCCCUCCGCUGGGACUCUGGGAUUACCCUACCCCUCCCCCGGGACUCUGGGAUUACCCUACCCCUCCGCCGGAACUGUGGGAUUACCCUACCCCUCCGCCGGGACUCUGGGAUUACCCUACCCCUCCGCCGGGACUCUGGGAUUACCCUACCCCUCCGCCGGGACUGUGGGAUUACCCUACCCCUCCGCCGGGACUCUGGGAUUACCCAACCCUCCGCCGAGACUCUGGGAUUACCCUACCCCUCCGCCGGGACUCUGGGAUUACCCCAACCCUCCGCCGAGACUCUGGGAUUACCCCAACCCUCCGCCGGGACUGUGGCUAUGA